AGUCUCCUUCAGUGGUCCACUCCAGAGCGCCGUACGGAAGAUAUGUCCAGACCAUUGUCCAUCAUUCCCAACGAGAUUUACCUUGAGAUAUUUGACAACAUCCUGCCUUUGGACUACGUCACGAAAUCAGACUACUAUAACACUCUGUCUAGAAUGGCCGUCGUCUGUCGUUUCUUUGCUUCCGUCGCGUUACCACGCAUAUUCGGGUCUAUCACAUUCAGUCCCCUGGAAGCUAGCAACUGCAGUCGGAUGAGCAAGUUGUCCAGGCAGAUUAUCGAGGGCGUUGAACCUGGCGCGUCGAUUGCGCUCUAUGUUAAAGAAUGCUUCAUUGAGCACUUCCUAGCAGACAUCGAGCCUGAUUUUUUCCGCUCAGCUUUCCUCUCGCUUUCUUCAAAAGCAAUGGCUCGGAUGUCCAACAUUGUAUCAUUAACCAUUCAUCAGACUCCCAUCCAAGAUCAGCUCCUAUCAUCCAUAUCAGACCUAGUCAACUUAAAGUCCCUCGUCUUCACCGAAUGUCACAUAUCUGCAAUGCAAUUGACGACAUUAUCAUUGCCUAGGCUGACAAACUUCGAAUUGACCAUGUGCAGCUAUACAGACACAGACGGUUUUGCCAAACGGAUUGCAUGUCCUGCUCUCAAUGUCCUCAAGGCUGACAUACUGUUUGCAUCUGAGCUCCCCACCUCGUUCUAUCGACACGUCAAAGAGUUACACCUCUCAUCUAACCCCGAGGAUACUUCAACAAACCCAAGUAGUCCCUCUAUCGCUAUUACUCAAAUUUUGUCACAUUGCGCCUCCCUCACUCACUUGACUCUUAUGUCCUUUGCAUCAGUGACACCUAUAUGGGAUAUCUCGUUAGAUAUACCUGUCACUCUCGGUAUACUGCCUCCCCCAUCACUUCAUUCUGUUGAAUUUAGGCCCUGUAAGAGUAUCAAAAAAGUUGAUACUGUUAUUAGGGUCCUCCGCUUAUGUUCCGGGAACGCCCAACUCUCAGAAUCACUUCGACGUCUUUCACUCGUUUGUCCUUACUGUUCAUUGGAAAAGUGGACACUCGAUAUCCACUAUCAGCGCGACCACAUCAUCCCUUCCGUCUGCCAAGGCAUGCCGAAUGUCUCUUGUAUCAGACUCGACAAGAUCGAGUGGCGGCGUGAGGCAGAAAGUGGUGUUUGGCGCCCUGGUAUAGCACGCCUUCUGCCGUGUCCUGAAUAUAAUAGGAAUUUCAAUAACUGUAUGGUUCAUAGUUUGGUUUGUUUAGGCGUACCUCAUUGGCCGAACCUGGCUGAGUAGUCCCUUCAAUACCCCCAGAAUGUUAUUAUUUGAUUGAACGAUAUCUAUUCGUAGUUAGGGUCAACUGUUCAGUAGCAGAGAGCUUUGAAUUGAAGUUGAAUACAAGU